AGAGCAUAUUGAUAUGGCCACUGGUAGUUAAUUCUGACGUCCGUAUACUUCGAUAAUAAACUAUCAUUGUGAAAAUCGUGGCUCUUGAAACGAUACUGUUCGUUGUCCCAGCGCAACAGCAGUCUCUCGAAUGCAGCGCAUGAAUAUUAUCUCUAGCAUGCCACUUCGGAAGUAGGUCACCGUUUUACCAUGUCUCAGCUCUAUUGGGUGCUCGUUUUAUUUCACAAUUACACGUCGACACUGUUCAUCAUUUAUAAAAAGGUGUAAUUUGAAGUAAGAGUGGACUCAAAUCGACCAUCUAUCGUGACCUAAGGGUCUGUAUGAAGGGAUGUGAUGACCCAUGCACGACAGAAUGACUCUCUGAGCAGAUACCAUCCCGGUAACUCCUGGGAGCAGUUCGGGGGGGUGCCACAUGCUGAGGCCAUGAUGGGAGCCCGGCCUGAUCGCCCAAAACUAAAAAGAGGGAGGCCUAAGAAGAUCAAGAGGGGCAGAGCGAAAGAGCGCAAUGAUCUGAGAGUGGUGGAGAAGAAGGAGGAGGAGAAGGGCAGGAAGCUGUACCCUCUCAGGGCCAGGACACUGGAUCAAUGUGAGGGGGACACCCUCAACUGUCGCGUCUUUCUCACCCGUCUGGAGGAGAGUGGUGAUGAGGACAAGGCGAGCUGCUUGAAGGGUCGAAUAGAGACCAAAGAGGAAGUGAGCCAUAACCUGGUGCGUGGAAGGACCAAGCCCUGCAAGUCUAGACAAAAGACCUUCAAAGCUUAUCAGAAAUUGCCGGAAUUAAACAAACAAUUAAAAGUGUUAUGCACAUUACCUGUUGUGGAGCCUCGCAAACGGAGACUAGCCUCUCUGAAUGCGGAGGCUGUGAAUAGUCUGCUCUUAUAUAGAGAAUAUCCUCAAGGGGCCAGACUCAUAAAGAAGCUACAGUUCAAUGGGAAUCUGGCAAAAGAUGCAGUAAUUUUGGGACACAACACCCCAAGGGGUCCUAAAGUGGCAAAAUCAGACAUUUAUGUAACUGGAAGUUCCAAACAAAACAAAAAGUCUAUGAAGAUGGAGGACAUGGAUCUGCUGAGUCUGUACGGUCCUACCCCACGGCGUCAGGCCAGUCUCAACGCUGCUGCUUUGCUCAAGAUCACCAGCACCUCCUUCAAAGCCAAACACCGGGUGGCUAAGACCAACUGCAAGCAACUGAGUGCAGUACUGAGGAACAAACAGUCACUGCACCCCAAGCUAAAGAAACAACAGUAUCAUAAACUCCAACACGGGAAAAACCAGACCCAUCCACAGCUGGUUCAGAAAUGCUGUAAUCUCUAUAAGAGGGAGUCACUCCACCCCGUACCCCAGUGGGAAGGGAUUACAGGGGAGAACGGCUCCAUCAGAUCUGGCUUCCAGUGUCGAGCCUUGCUGGGCUACCCGAUGAAGUCUGUGAAGGAGGAACAGGUCAAGACGCAGUUGAAUCCUUCUUUCUACUGCUGCUCCCAAGAAAGGUCAGUGGAGUAUUGCCACCAACUGGCCCUGUUCCUCAACCAGAAGAGCUUCGGUGAAGACAAACUUGAGGAGCGUUCGCUCUCCAAUAGCUACCUCCCCUCUCCCCGUUCCCUGGCCCACCCACAUGCCCUAACCAUAUGCCCCCACCCUUACCCGUGUUUCUCGGGCUACUACGUCCACUUUUCUCACCAUGAAACCUCCUCUACCCUCAUGACCUCCGUGAGCUCCAUCCCCAUGCCCUACCCUCCCUCCUCUGUGGCCCCCAUCCCGUUGAGCGAGGCUCCACAACAGGGCUCUCUACCCUCAGGAAUCGCCCACCCGGUCUACUGUUAUGGAGAAUCCUGCCAAAUCAGUGGAUACGCAUAUAGAGCAGUACCGACUCUAGCCAGCAGGAGAUGCUGUUAUAACGCAGGCUGCUCCAGCUGCAGCCACAAGAUUAAGAUGGAAGACUACUCCUCAUCUCUGGAGGACCACAGCUCCUUCUCUGUCCCAGCCUCCCCCGCACCCCGGCCCCUCUCCGGCUGCCCCGCCAGCCCCAGCACUCUCCCAGCUGCCCAAUCAGUGGCCUGCUUUCAGACCUCUCUAUCAGACCCCAGCCAACUGCAGGUCCCGCUGCAGGUGGUCCGGGAGUGCCCUCAGAAUGCCAAGCCACCCAGCAGCUCUCUGUCUGGGGUGAGCAGCGGCUCGUGUUCCGUCUGCCCCCACAUUCAAGACAAGCAGCAGCUGGGGCCCGCCGGCCUCGCAGCCUGCAGAGCUGCCAAGCAGCAGAGGUUCACCCGUCGCCGGGCAACCAAUGGUUGGCUCCCCGUGGGUGUGCCCUUCGAGAGGGAGGUUUUCACUGUGGGGGAAGAGACAACAGUGUUGCGCAAAUGUUUUGAAGGGGUCACGCGGGAUGGGGAGGUCAUUUGGGUUCGAGACACAGUCCUGCUGCGCUCUGGCCCCAGGAAGAAGUAUCUGCCCUACAUAGCCAAAAUUUCAGCCCUAUGGGAGGACUCAGAAUCCGGAGAGAUGAUGAUGAGUCUGUUUUGGUACUACCGCCCAGAACACACACAGGGAGGCCGCAAUCCCAGCACACACUGUGAGAAUGAGAUUUUUGCAUCUCGUCAUCAGGACCAGAACAGUGUGGCCUGCAUUGAAGACAAGUGCUACGUUUUGACGUUAGCACAGUACUGUAGAUUUUGUGCCUUCAUGAAAUGUCGCGGGAAGGGUCUCCCUGAAAGUGCCACCAGAAUGGUACGGCCUUGUGUUGAAUAUGGAACCUCUGCCCACCGCUGUGUGCCCACGGACAUCGACCCCAACCUGGUGUUCGUCUGUCGCCACGUCUACGACUUCCGCUACGGGCGCAUCCUGAAGAACCUGCAGUAGCACUUGUGAGGACAGUGGUAGAAGGAAGGAAUAUUAAACAGUGAAAGAAGAGGUUAAAAAUACACUAUUUUGUUCUUUCCUCAGAAUCCUCACCAAAAGCGCCAGUUGAGACAGACCAAGCCACUCUGUUUUGAGAGGGGCAUGAGAUGUCAACAGUUUUAGGCUGAGUAAGUCUCGAUGUCUGGAAGUGUUUUUGCUCAAUGUCUCUCUCUCAAGUCCUGUGGGUCACAAUUGGUCAAUGAGGAAAUGUUUUUUAUCAUCCCAAGCACAAAUCCCCUUUUUUGUUUUUACUACUUUGCCAAAUGAUGAUUUUAUUUUUGCUUCAUCCCAUUCCUUUGCCUAUAAAUAUGUGGGUUAGUAGUCACGUUUUGUGUUGAUAGAUGGUACGAGUUAAGACUUGUUUUGGAUUUAACGGGAUGACUCAUAAAUUAAAUGAAGGCUUAACACUUUUAUCUGUAAUGAUUUAGUCUUGAAUUUAAAUUUUAAUUGACUUAAGUGCAUAGAGAAAUAUGUAUUUAUAUAUGGAGAAAAUCUAAUUUAUUUUUAAAGUAAUUUAAGAGUGAAUUAUUUAGACUUUUCAAAACGAGAAAUUAUCCAGGCGUUUGCCAACACUGACUCGCUGUCUGCACUGUCUUAGAGGUAAAGUACCUGUGAAUCCCAAACCAGCCCCUCGCCCUUACCAACUCACUCAGAGGUGCCCUUUGUUGUCAUGCCCUCCGUUGUCAUGGGCUGCUGAAGAAAUUCCUAGGGGGACUUCUAGAGUGGAGAGGUGAUGAAAUAAACCCAUCAACUUUGGUACACACUUGUGACUUGAAUCGUGCAAUUCAUGUUUCACAUUUAAAUAAUAAUUUAAAUAAUUAUAUGAGCAGGAAAUUCUAAUGAACAAAUUCCCCUUGUUGUCUUAGAAGAUAUAAACCUCAGUAACAGUUAACAGAUUACAUAGAAUUUUUGAGGUAAUUUAUUUGGUAUUUGCUCAAAAUCAGACACAAAUGAAUGCAUAUUGCGCAAACUCCAAACAUAUUGCACUGCGUGUUGUGGCUAUCACUUUGAUCAUUUUAACUCCCUCAGUUUUGGACAAUUGUGCAUGUGGUGGAGGCGUGCAUGAACGUGCAAAUGGAGGGCGGAAAGGACUGUUUUUUUUGAUUCAGCAUAUGAAUGACCGGUGACUCUUAACUGGAAGGGCCACCCCAAGAUAAUGUUUUUGCCCUACUACCCUGCCUUGAAUUGACCAAUGACAAGUGUUCAUUGCCCUUGAGCAAGGUAGUUAACCCCCAACAAUAACUGCUUCCUGGGCGCCGAUGACGUCGAUUAAGGCAUCCCCUGUGGAAGACACAUUUCAGUUGAAUGCAUUCACUUGUGCAAUUGACUACUUUCCAAGAAAAGUAGGACAACAUUAUUGUUAUUUUAUGUAUUUUUUAAAUGCCAUUUUUUUCUGGUAAAUUCUGUUAAUUGAUAACAAAUGGAUUUACCAAAAAGGGAAUAGAAGGAGUGUAAAAUGUCAAAUUCAACUUAUUCCCUGGUGUAGAAAACUCUGAAUGGCAUAUUUCUUAUGUGCAUACGUUACAAGUUUUAGCAUGGAGUUUCUGGGAAUUCAUGGAAAGGAUAUUCAUAGCACAGAGUGUUUGUAUAAUUUAACAUGGACCUGUGUAAUAUAAAACAAUAUUUAAAUGGAAUAAAUAAUAUAUGAUUUUGAA